GAAUACACAUGCGACGGCGCAGCACCAACAACGUCGGGAGGCCAGGCGUCCUCACGAGAAGCCGGAAGCAGCUCAUGGAGCUGCAGGGAUACUUGCCGAAGGAUAAGGUCGUUAGCGAUACCGAACUGGACGAGUAUAUCAACCACCUCGACGACAAGAUCGACGCCACACAGGAUGUGAUGGCAUGGGGAGACGACGACGACGACAGCAGCACCUCAGACGACGGUGAAUCGGAUGAAGAUCAAGACGAUGACGCAGACUACAACCCACGCCGCGGAGGUGGUCGAAAGUCAGUCGCAUCUUCCAGUCCUGGUUUCGUGUCUCAUGUACUUUGGUCGUCCAUUGGGCCCUGCCUCGUCGUGCCGGUGCUGUAUCACCGGUGGUCGCACUUGACAUACCCUCUAUCCACGCCCUCACUCGUGUCGUAUAUGGCCAUCGUGUGCUUGAACUGGAUCACGUUCGUCCUUCUCACGUGCUUGAUCUUCGCGGGAAGUUGCAACACACCAUCCUUCCUGCGAGGGUUUCUGUUCAAAGUGCCUUUGGACGUUCCUUCAUGUGCGUCCGCCGUGUGGACCCCCUUGCGCGACUGUGUGGUCAUGCACGGAGUCCAGUGCUUUUCCCUUCCAAGCUGUCAGCUGCCACUGGGUCAACUCGCCGGCGCCGUCGUUGGUUUUGGCCUCCUGGCGAGCUUCCACCGUCGGCGGGUGCAAGUUGUUGUCGGCGUUCUGUUUGUCGUGCAUCAUGGCCUUCAGUGGGCCCAUCAUACGUCCGCGCGGUCCUUCUUCUCUGACCCGUCGCCCCAGUCCAUCCACAUCACAUCCAUCGACCCCGUGUUUGCCUACGCGAACGAGUCGAUUCACCUCCUUCUGGACGGACUCAACCUUCACGAAGGCAUGCAAGUGGGCUGGGUGCCGUUCUGGGGCUGCAGCCGCGACACGCCUCUGUCGGCAUGUCCCGUCGAGCUCGUGGCGACGUUAACCCACGGCGGGGUGACCCAGACGUUUUCCGCCGUCGACGAGUACACGGCAUGCAUUAGCCUUGCUGGCACAACGGCCCCGUCCGCCGCCUUUGCAUGCUUUCCGGACGUUCGGCUAAAAGUCAAGCACAUCCAGAGCACCCCCGGGUGGUCACUUCAACAAGGAUAAGAGAGCAAAAUCAUAUCGUCGAUUUGAUACAAA